AACUCCCCACUAGUGCCGUCCGCCGUGUGCUGACCGCCCACGCGGUGGCUGGCCGGCGGCAGUAGUCCGUCUCGGCGCCUCCACAUAAACCCGUGCACCCCCAUCGUCGUUCCCACGCCACAUUCCGCGAGCACGACCAAAUCCCCCGCUAGUGCCAAGUGCUACUGCAUCUACAAGUAGCACUCGCGACCACUAGUCCCGCCGCUACCACUUCACGUCUGCACCAACACGACGGCGGCAGCGAAGCCGGUAGGAACAAUGGCAGCGACUAGGACGACGGCCAUGGCGCGGUCCCCAUGCCCGCUGGCCCUCGCGCUCGCGGCGCUUUUACUAGCCGCCGCCGCGCGCGCCGACGGCGCCACGGGCACGGCCGCGCCGGCGCCGGCGCCGUCGGCGGACUGCACGGGCGCGCUGCUGAGCCUGGCGGGGUGCCUGAGCUACGUGCAGGAGGGGAGCACGGUGGCGACGCCCGACCCGACCUGCUGCUCGGGGCUCCGGGACGUGGUGCGCGGCGAGGUGGCCUGCCUCUGCCAGGUGUUCCAGGGCGGCCCGAACCUCGGCAUCCCGCUCAACAUGACCAAGGCCCUGCAGCUGCCCGCCGCCUGCAAGGUCAAGACGCCGCCCGUCAGCAAGUGCCACGUUUCUGUUCCUGGUGUGCCCAGCGCGUCUCCAGUUCCUGCUCCAUCUGCCGGGGCCCCGUUCUUCAGUCAGUCACCGUCGUCGCCAGCUCCUUCGGGAUCGCCAGCAGGGACCGGGAUCGCCUCCAGCACUCCAGCUCCCUCCCCGACGCGUUCUCGCGCGGCCAGCCUCUCGGCAGCAUCAGCACAGAGCUUUUUCACGGCAGCAGCUGCUGCCGCUACUCUGCUCGUGUACCGUAUCUUGUGAGCCCAGCUCACCAGUUGUGUUCAUCAGUUCAGUCCGUUCCCUCGUCUUACCAGUACCAGCGUAUAGCCCCUAUACCGAGUUGUAUCUUGUGAGAAUUCCCGUUUUGGUUGCGCCUCUUUUGGACGUGCAUUGUUCAUGGACUUUUUUUUUUGAAAUAAAGUUCAUAGAUUUCAUUGCUACACA